CUCUAACCUUGCGCAGGCGCGCCGAACUUUGUGCAUAAACUCCAGAGGCACCGAGCGCCGCGAACGCCUUCUUGAAGGUCCGCUCCCCUCGCAAGUCCUUGGUGCACCCCACGCGCAACCAUGUCGUCACACACCCGCGUGGCUCUGGUCACCGGGGCCAACAAGGGCAUCGGCUUCGCCAUCGUGCGCGACCUGUGCCGGCAGUUUUCGGGGGACGUGGUGCUCACGGCGCGGGACGAGGCGCGGGGACAGGCGGCAGUGCAGCGGCUCCAGGCCGAAGGACUGAGCCCCCGCUUCCACCUGCUGGACAUUGACGACCUGCAGAGCAUCCGCGCCAUGCGCGACUUCCUGCGCAAGGAGUACGGGGGCCUGGACGUGCUGGUCAACAACGCGGGCAUCGCCUUCAAGACUAAUGAUCCGACACCGUUUCAUAUUCAAGCAGAAGUGACGAUGAAAACAAACUUCUUUGGUACCCGAGACGUGUGCACAGAACUGCUGCCUCUAAUGAAACCCCAAGGUAGGUGUGACAAGGGACACAGGCAGUGGUGUUUCUGGAAUGAUCUUGCCACUGCCUCUAUGACUUCAUCUACGGGCCCUGCUCCCUCUCCCUGCUCAGCCACACGGGCCUCCCUGCUGUAUCCCCACCUGGACAGGUGCCCUUCCCCUCAGGACUCUGUACACACGUGUCCAGCACUCAGCAGUGCCCUCUGUCCCACUGGCCUUUCACAACUGGCUGCUUCUUCUCCUUUAUAUCUUCAUUCCAAACUCCCCUCCCAGAGGCCUUUUUCUGGCUCUGUGUCCUCACAGGUGCACUUCCCUGGGGAUUUCUUCCUGGACCCUUCCUUCUCCCUCUCCCCCCCUCUGAGUGAUCUUAUUCAGGCUAGUGGACUCUUCCCUAUCCAAACUUGUUAGGGUCCCCUAAACUCUGUCACCUGCCUAGAACAUUCCCAGAGCCCCAGACACACAUAGUUCUCCUCCUGCCUCUCUUUCUCCUCAGGACGCCCUGCCCAGGCCAGGUGCAGAUCCCUCCCCAUCGCCUCCAGAAGGCCUGCACACUUACAUGUGCCACAGAUGGCCACAGGCCAGUGGUAUAUCUCCAGGCAGAUGAGGCAGCUCUACUGUCCCUCAGGCCUGCUGUCACCUGGAGAGGCCCCCACACCACUGCCUCUGCCCAGGCCUGCUCAGGCUGCCUAUAUGCACAUUUUUUUCAAUAAGCAUAUGUACAGUACUAUAAAUAUAUUUUCUUUUAUUUACGA